AUGGCUCUGGUUGUGCACCAUCACCACCUGCGCCCCUACCUCGCCACUGCCACCGCGCUCUUCCUCGCACUCACUAUCGCGCCUCUCGCCGCCGGGGACCCGCUGGGCCAGCUCUGCGGUACCAGCGGCAACUACACGCGCAACAGCACCUACCAGGCCAACAUCCAGCGCCUCGCCGCCACGCUGCCCAGGAACACCUCCGCCUCCCCGACGCUCUUCGCCACGGACACCGUCGGCGCCGUCCCGGACAUCGUCUACGCGCUCGCGCUCUGCCGCGGCGACGCCAACGCCUACGCCUGCGGCGACUGCGUCGCCACCGCGUUCCAGGACGCGCAGCAGCUGUGCGCCUACAACAAGGACGCCACCGUGUUCUACGACCCCUGCCUCCUCCGCUACUCCAACCAGAACUUCCUCGCUGACACCAACAGCGACGGCCGCGAGACCGCGCUCAUCCUCAUGAACACGCAGAACGUCACCGCGCCGUUCAAGGUGUUCGACGCCGUCGUCGCCGUGCUCCUCAACGCCACCGCCACCUACGCGGCCGCCAACUCGUCCAAGAGGUUCGGCACCGGGGUGGAGGCGUUCCAGAGCUUCGAUAGCAAUAACCUGAGGAUCUACGGGGUGGCACAGUGCACGCCGGACAUGUCGCCGGCCGACUGCCGGAGCUGCCUCUCGGGUAUUAUUCAGACGGGCACCAAGUACUUCAGCGGGAAGCAGGGUGGCAGGGUUCUUGUGCUGCGGUGCAACUACAGGUACGAGCAGUACUCGUUCUUCACAACCACCCCGCUGCUUCAGCUGCCGGAACCUACCGUGGGGGUCCCGGCGCACGCGCUCGCACCCGCGCCCGCGGUGGUGAACGGAACGCCACUGACGACCGGAAGAGGGAGGAAAAUGAAUGCAGCAGGAAUCUCUGCAGGCAUAACCUGUGUUGUUGUGUUGAUGUUAAUUCUUUCGGUCUUUUUCUUUAUUCGCUUCAGGCUAAGGAUUAAUGUGAAGAAAAAUGAUCACCCACUGAAGAAGAUAGGGAGAGCUCAAUGCACGAUCUUUGAUUUGCUGACGCUGGAAGAGGCGACUGAACAUUUCUCAGAGAAAAAUAAGCUUGGAGAAGGUGGUUUUGGUAUUGUGUACAAGGGGAUACUGUCAGACGGGCAAGAGAUAGCAGUCAAGAAACUUUUAGGAAGAGCCGGGUCUGGGUUGGAUCAGCUACAAAAUGAGGUGCAGGUACUGGCAGAGCUUCAGCACAAGAAUCUUGUUGGGUUACAGGGUUUCUGCUCGCAUCAUAAUGAUACACUUCUAGUUUAUGAAUACAUCAAGAAUGGGAGCCUUGACAGCAUUCUAUUCGGUACUUCCCUCUUCAUUGACCUCUUCAGAUGCAUAUCCAGAAUUCCAUUGUCAGGGGUCAUGGUCUGGGAUCACUGGAAGAAAGGGUCGAUGUCACAAAUGCUUCACCGGUCGCUGAAUGAGUUUGCUCGAAGCCAAGCGCUGCGAUGCAUCCACAUUGGUCUGCUGUGCGUCCAGCCGGAACCUGACGAUAGGCCUGACAUAUCAGCCGUAGUGUUUAUGUUAACCAGGGAUAGCAUAGAGCUCCAGCCGCCGGCGCAGCCUGCAUUCUUCUUCGGUAGAGAAUCACCUUCAGCUUCACGGUCAGAUGGUCAAAGCAGCUAUGUAUAUGACCGGUCUCGUUUCAUGUUGGAACAGGGCGUCUCUGUGAAUGGGGUUACACUCAGUGAACUGUAUCCUAGAUAG